UGCGGGUAGAUACGGGCCCGCGGCGGUCGUUCGGCGCAGUCGGGUCGCGGGGCGAGCGGGGGGCGCUGCGCGAGCGCCGUCUAAGCCGCGGGCCAACGGGGGAGGCGGCGGUGCGGGACGCGCGUCCCCACGGGCGGCGACAUGGGGCGCUACUCGGGCAAGACGUGCCGCCUGCUCUUCAUGCUGGUGCUCACCGUGGCCUUCUUCGUGGCCGAGCUGGUGUCGGGCUACGUGGGCAACUCCAUCGCGCUGCUGUCCGACUCGUUCAACAUGCUGUCCGACCUGAUCUCGCUGUGCGUGGGGCUGGGCGCGGGCUACGUGGCCCGGCGGCCCGCGGGGGGCGGCGGCGCCUCGUACGGCUACGCGCGCGCCGAGGUGGUGGGCGCGCUGAGCAACGCCGUGUUCCUGGCCGCGCUCUGCUUCACCAUCUUCGUGGAGGCCGUGCUGCGCCUGGUGCGGCCCGAGCGCAUCGACGACCCCGAGCUGGUGCUCAUCGUGGGCGCGCUGGGGCUGGCGGUCAACGUGCUGGGGCUGCUCAUCUUCCAGGACUGCGGCGCCUGCCUCGCCAGCUGCGCCCCGCGCCGCCGCCGCCGCCCGCGCCGCGCGCUCGGGGACCCCUCGGGGGCGCGCGCCGCCGGGAAGGACGAGCAGGGGGCGACGGUGUUCGCCAACGUAGCAGGUGACUCCCUGAACACCCAGAGUGAGCCAGAAGAGACGUUGCAAAAGGAGAAAAAGUCGGAUGCCCUGAAUAUCCGAGGGGUGCUUCUGCACGUGAUGGGGGAUGCCCUGGGGUCAGUGGUAGUGGUGGUCACUGCUGUCAUCUUCUACGUGCUGCCUCUGAAGAAAGAGGACCCGUGUAACUGGCAGUGCUACAUCGACCCAAGCCUGACGAUCGUCAUGGUCAUCAUCAUCUUGUCCUCAGCCUUCCCCCUCAUCAAGGAGACGGCUGCAAUCCUGCUGCAGAUGGUCCCCAAAGGUGUCAACAUGGAAGCACUGACGAGCAAGCUCUUGACUGUGCCCGGAGUUAGCAGCAUCCAUGAAAUGCACAUCUGGGAACUGAUCGGUGGCAAGAUCAUUGCUACUCUGCACAUCAAGUACCACAAGGACAGGGGCUAUCAGGACGCCAGUAAGAAAAUUCGAGAAAUCUUCCACCAGGCGGGAAUCCACAAUGUGACCAUCCAGUUUGAACAGGUGGACGGGAAGGAGCCAUCGGAACGGGACUCACAGGCCCUCUGCAGCUCGCCCUGCAUCUCGGGGGCCUGCAGGAAGCAUCUAUGCUGUCCACCCAGGGCUCUGCCUCUGACCCAUGUCAAUGGCUGUGCCGAGCACAAUGGCUGUCCCCGGCUGAGCCCCUACCCUGAUGCUUGCCUUGGGAAUCGAGAAGCCACGGAAGUGGCCAUUGAUGUGGAUGGCGUGAGUGAUGGUAAACAGGCAGUUACAAAAACUCAGGAGGACCAGAAUUAUGUCAACAGCACCUAUUUCUAAACUGGGCCACGUAGGCAGACUGUAUAGACAGGCCCUUUGCAAAGGGCUGCUGAGGUGCAAGCACCGACCCCAGCCACACUGUGCAUGCUCUGUGUUCAGUGAGGGGCCGGCUGGGUGCGAUGCAGAGCGGCCGUGGCAAUCCUGAUGUGAAUAAGCCUCCCGCACCAGCCUGGCAGUUUCAAGCUGCUCUCCAUCACUUUUGCUUGGAACGGUCGUCUUCCGAGUGUGCUAAUCUCUUUAUCAGGGACCCAUGGCUGUGACCGCAGCGCUCACAGUAGUUAUGUUUGAAACUGAUUAAAACUGCUUAGUUGGCUGCCAGGUGAGGACGCUCACAGGCUGAUGCACUGCAGCUGUUUCUUCAGAAUCAGAAAGACAAUUGCUCUUUCUCCCCCGGAAUUCUGGAGGAUCAUCCAUGAGGAACUUCAGGGAGCCCUGUCACCACAGAACUGUCAUAUUUGAGUUGUUUUGGAAUAAAUGUAAAAACGAAUUAUCUAAAGAGGUACAAACGGUUCGGAGAAUGUCAGUGGAAGGAGAUUUGAGUGUGGGGGAAGAGGGUAGGAAGAAAAUGUUUUGGUGUUAACAAUUUAUUUGCUGAGGUGGAGAAAAAACGAGCAUGCACUUCCAGAUGUGGCCAUAACAAUGAGUUUUAGAGUGUUUAGACGUUUAAAUAUAUGAAAUGCAUCUCCCUCCCACUUGAAAGUGAGGCUGUUUCUGCUCCCUUGCCCAGACCACACAUACUCUGAUAUUGCCUGUAGGCACAGCUCAUAUGGGACUGUUCUCCUACAUCGCUUCCUCCAUUACGAUUGUCCAAAUUUCCUUUGAGUCUUUCUUUAUGUGACCAUGUGGAUCUAAGGGGGAUUUUACUAGGAAAAAAAAUGAAUAUUCCUGGGGGAGAAUAAGGUAUUAGUUGAGUAUUAAUUCCUGCCAGCUCUUUCAUUAGACAUUUUGAAGUAUUUAUUAUAGUUGCCAACUGGUCUGUUGAUGGAGGAAGCUUUGUUCAAGUGAGGAAUGAGAAUGAGUUUAAUUGCUCCCUUGAAUGUCUUGGGGGCACUUUCUUCUUCUGUCUUUGACUCUCAAUUAUCAUCAAGUUCAAAUAAAUUGAUGUCUAAUUUGAAGCCAUCAUCAAUCUGUAUGGGUAUUGGAGAAGCAUCGAUGCAUGAAAUGAAUUGAUCAGGCAGCAGUCUGCCAAUCCAAACGGUCCCAAAUAGGGAUGAAAAUGGGCCCUAGAACUCACCCUAGAACUGGAAUCUUCUUUGCUGGGUUGUAGAAUUGACUGAAAAAAGUUCCUCUCUUCAAUUCUGGGCACUGAGUGGGUCCAUACACCAUAAUCAGAAGUGCUGGGUUAGUCAUGGGAAAAAGCUCUCACCGUUUUUUUUUUUUUUUUUUUUUUGGGUCACACCUGGCGAUGUACAGGAGUAUUUCUUGUCUUUGCACUCAGGAAUUACCCAUGGCUGUGCUCAGGGGACCAUAUGGGAUGCUGGGAAUCAAACCUGGGUCGGACGCAUGCAAGGCAAACGCCCUACCCACUGUGCUAUUGCUCCAGCCCCUCUCACAGUUUUUUUUCUGCAUGAGAAAUGUGUCCAUUUGAAAUUCUAUGGCUUCAAUAAGUCACUGUGAUUGGUAGGGCAGGAAUUGUUUUGUGUGUGUUCAGGAUUAUCAUCUGAAUUUAUAUUGGCCAUUAUUUAGGCUAACAGAAAAAUCCCUAAAUAAAUUUUUAUUGCUGGGAUGCUGGGAUCUUGAGUUAGUUCUAGAUACAUCAUAACCAAAAGGAGGUAAAAUAUAAGUCAACAUUUUAAUAUCUGUUAUUAGAAACCUAAAAGGGAACUCUCACAAAACAGAGGAUUUCUCUAUGAAGUGCACCAAAUGGACUAAAUCCCCAUAAAUGGGACCCAUGAAGCCUUGAGCAGAGCCAAAGAGAGAUUUGUUUCUCACUUUCAAACAGAAACGGCAAAUUUGAUUUUAUAUCAUGCUGCUUUUAUUGACGGCGAAAACAGCAAUUUUACAGUUUUUGUGCAGUUGGCUAAAGGAAUGCAUGUUAGUUUACAUCCGAAUAAUGCCUUUAAUCUCCACAGUAUUUUCCUGGAAAGGAAAGGGCGCUUAAUUCCAAUAUAAUUAAAUCUAGCCUUGGAAAAGCAUCUUCACAGGACCUUUUAUGAACAUAAAAAAUUCUGAAGUAGAGUUCAUAGGAAAUCUUACCUUUCAAAGGCACUUAUUCCGAGAGUUCUUAAUAAUGUCUCAACAGUGGAUAAAGUGCAAUACUUUUGCUUUAAUUUGGGGCUGCUGUCCCUUCCGAAGCCUGAAGGAAUGUGAUUUCACUGCUGUCUACUCUCUUUUGUGGUGCACUUUGGGUCCCCCUUGAGGAAAUAAGAGUUUCUCUUUUUGUUCUUUGAGUCAUGACUCUGCUGGUAUUUGGUGCUUGUGAGCUGUAGAUUUAACUGUCAUUCUUUUGUGAUUUUGGGCACACACCUAGCUAUAUUCAGUGCCCACUCCUGGCUCUGUGCUCAGGGAUUCGCUCUUGGUGGUGUUUAGGGGACAUUAUGGGGUGCCAGGGAUCAAACCCAGCUCAGCUGCACGCAACUGACCAUCUGUCCUCUAUCUCUGGCCCCUGAACUGUUGACUUAAGCAGAUCUUGGUCUCUGAGAUUUAAAACAUUCUGCCCCUUAAUUCGGGUUCCUGUGUGCUUAGAACAUUCCCGAGAAUUUCCUCAACUUUUCCCCCUCAGUCUGGGGUUUCUUUGUCCAUUUACAUUUUUUAUCAAUAGUUUGUUUUAUUAAGAUAACAGUAACAUAUGCCUCCUCCUUUUUAGAAAGAACAGAAAAUAACUGUUCAGAGUCGCAGGUUUCUCGUGUGUGUGGUGGACAGCUGUUGUGUGGACUAAGCUGGCCGCCAUGGAGCAGCCACGUCCUCUGCCGUGUUCUGCAGCGCCACCUCCAGGGAGCACGAGGCGCCUGCUGUGGCCCAGCUUCCAACUCUGCUUUGGGAAAACAGAAAUAGUGACUUUUUUCAUGCUAUACAGCCAGCAGCCUUCACAGUGAACAGGAAGACAUGUAUUGGUUGUCCUUCUAUUUCUUUAUCAACAAAACUGGCAGAUACCAUUUUAUGGAGAAUUUUUAAAACUCUCUAUACAUAGUUACUCAUUAUUAUUUUGCUCUCAGCUGGCCAGAUGCUGGUGUGGGCCAUCCUAUUUGAAAUAAUUUUUAUUUUUGGCUUUUUGGGACACACCCAGUGAUGCUCAGGAAUUAUUCCUGGUGGUGCUUGGGGGACCAUAAGGGAUGCCGGAAAUUGAACCCGGGUUGGCCAUUUACAAGGCAAAUUCUGUACUGUCGCUCUGGUCCUUUGAAAUAAUUUCUCAAAAAAUUCUCCAUAAGUAGUUACUAUUAUUUUUUUUUUUGCUUUCAGCUGACCAGAUGCUAGUGGGGGGGGCAGCCUGAACCACCAAAGUCCAAGAGAAAUGGGUACUUUAAGAGGUAGAUGGAAUAAAAAAAGGCAAAUGCUUUGUGAGCUAGUAGAAGUCUUUAUUAUGAAUUUUCGAAUCUUGAGAUUGAAUAUUUCAAAUGGGAUUAUUUUUUAGCUUUGGGGGUGCUCUUUUGUACCUUGCCCUGGUCUCUACCCACCAAAUUCCAUGGUUAUCCCCACAAAUAAUACUAGAAAUGUCCUCAGAGUUGUCCCCUAGGGGACCAGUUGCCCCAGUUCUGAAUUGCUGGCUUCACCCAGGCCUGGCAGAGGAAGCUGAGAUCUGCCCUUCCCAACACAAUGAUCCUUACAGUGGAAUCGUCCAAUCCCACAGAAUUCAGCCCUAAAUGUAUUUAAGGGGUGAGAUUGACUCUCUACAAAUUGCAAUGAUCUCUACACUAGAAAUGUGAAUAUUUAUUCAUUUUAAUUUUAAUUUUUGGGGGCCACACCCACUGGUGUUCAGGGCUUCCUUCUGGCUCUGUCAUUCCUGGUAGUCGAGCCAUUUGUGGUGCCAGGAACAAGCCAGGGUCAGCUGCAUGCUAGGCAAGCACCUUAACCCCUGUACUAUAACUCUGUUCCUCAAAUUUAAACAUUUAAAGCAAAAUAGUUGGGGUGGGAUGGUGGGAAGGUAUUGUCCUUACAAAUCUGAUUCCCCUGAUGGGUCAUUCUGAUAGUGAAGGAAAUAAAGAAAAAAAACUAGCAUUUUCUUUCACUGUUCUGGGAUGAAGAAUUCAAUUCUUCAAUUCACGAAUACCCUUAGUAUUAUGAAGCCACUGUGGAUACUGGAUAAUAUGGUACCAUGUAAGGUACGUCUCCUUUAGAACCUAAACUGAUGGCUCUUGACCAGUAGCUCAUCUUUUGUAUUAUGGGCAAAUUCAUUGUUAAAAAGUCCUUUUUUUUUAAUGGCCAACUUACUCCUCAGUCAAAUCACACUCAUUUUUCUCAAGAUGUCAAAAUACAUUUAUUUCUCACUUUUAAGUGAUCAUGCAUUUAAGUGCAUCUUCAUACUCUUGCAAUGAAAGCCUGCCAAAAAAGAAAAAAGACCUGCAUAGAUGAGGGGACACAUCAGCUGGUUAGGGUUUGAGUGGAGCUGGAGUAAGGGCCAGCAAGUGUCUGCCUGACCCUCAGCUAUCCUUCACCAGGUCAUCUGUCCCCCUGGUGCUUAUCUGCAUAUUUGCAUGACAACCCAGAUUGAUCGCCAUGCUUGGGAAUCAGAAUGAAUCAGAAGCCAGCUGCUUGUGCCCUCUGGUUACUUACCAUUCAUCACUGUCCCUGAAGGCCUUGUCCAUGGAUACGGGGGUCAGCUGAGGCUGGAUGGGCUCCUCUCUCUGCAGGUGUUCCAUUCCGGACUUUCCUGUUUAUGUGACCCUUUCCUGGAAUGUCGCUAGAUGCGUCAGUGGUCUCCUUUUAGUCCCCAACCAGGCCCAAGACCCUGAACCAGCUCAGACUUCUCAUGGACUUUCCCAGGAGAGGGACCUCUUUCCCGAGCUCUGAGGUUAUGUUACAGUGUUGUGGAGUUUUGUUGCUUCAAGUCUUCCUUCUGUCCUCAAUGGGCAGUUUUGUCAAAGUCUGAUCAUCAUUCUGGGGGGUUGUUGAAAUGCUAAGAUGCUGCGUUGAAGGAAUCCAUUCCUAAUUGCAUGUGAGACCCCCGACCCUUCACAAUGUAUGCACUUGUGCACAUAUGUUUGAAAUUGAAAUUUGUUCAGUGGUCCUGUCAAUAAAGUGUU